AUGGCGUCACAUACAGACCACCCUCCCCCCGACGCGGGAGCAUCCGAGAUCCGCAACGAAGUCAAAAAACCCAAGAAAAAGAAGGUCCUCCUCAUGGGUAAAUCCGGGUCCGGCAAGUCCUCCAUGAGAAGCAUCAUCUUCAGCAACUAUAUUGCCCGCGACACUCGAAGACUAGGCGCCACCAUCGACAUCGACCUCUCCCACGUCAAGUUCCUCGGCAACCUCACCCUCAACCUCUGGGACUGCGGCGGCCAAGAAGCCUUCAUGGAGAACUACCUCUCCCAACAACGCGUCCACGUCUUCUCCAACGUCGGCGUCCUCAUCUACGUCUUCGACAUUGAAUCCCGCGACGUAGACCGCGACCUAGCAACCUACGUAUCCAUCCUCUCCGCCCUCCUGCAAUACUCCCCCGCCGCCAAAAUCUACAUCCUCAUCCACAAAAUGGACCUCGUCGUCCCCACGGCCCGCGAGACCGUAUACGACGAACGCGUCCGCACCGUCAAGCAAAAGACGACCGAGUACGUCAACUCCGUCGGCGGAGACGUGAGCGCCAUUGAACUCACCCCCUUUGCGACAUCAAUCUGGGAUCAGAGCUUGUACAAGGCAUGGGCAUCCAUUAUUCACGACCUGGUGCCUAAUUUGUCGGUGAUUGAGCGCAACCUGGCGAAUUUGGGCAUGGCUAUUGAAGCAGAGGAGCUGCUGCUCUUUGAGAGAACGUCGUUUCUGGCCGUUUCAUCAUGGACGUCGGCUGAGGGGCGCCGCAACCCCACAGAGGAUAGGUUGGAGCGCAUGUCGAAUAUUAUGAAACACUUCAAGCAGAGCAUAUCGCGCUUUACGGGAACGCCUAGGAAUGCAGAGCAGUUUAUUCGCAUGGAGCACAAGGCUGGCAUGCGGUUCAACUUGUUUAUUCUAAAGUUUACGACGAAUACGUAUCUCAUGGUGGUGCUUCCGCCGGGGGAAGCGAGAUUCAAUGCGGCAAUGCUAAAUUGUCAGAUUGCCAUUGAGCAUUUCAAAUUUUUGGAUGGGCCGGCUCCGCAGGCUGCUGCAGCGGCGGCCGUACCUGCUGCGUCGUGA